AUGGGUCAUGUUCGGACCAAGACCGUGAAGAACAUGGCGCGGGUCAUCAUCGAAAAGUACUACACCCGCCUGGGCAACGACUUCCACACCAACAAGCGCGUGUGUGAGGAGAUCGCCAUCAUCCCCAGCAAGAAACUCCGCAACAAGAUCACCGGAUAUGUUACUCAUCUGAUGAAGCACAUCCAGAGCGGCCCUGUGAGAGGUAUCUCCACCAAGUUGCAGGAAGAAGAAAGAGAAAGGAGGGAUAACUAUGUCCCUGAGGUCUCUGCUUUGGAUCAGGAGAUCAUUGAAGUGGACCCUGAUACCAAAGAAAUGUUGAAACUCCUGGACUUUCGCAAUUUGUCCAACCUGCAAGUUACCCAGCCCAUGGUUGGGAUGAACUGCAAAACACCAAGAGGAGCUGUUUAA